GUUUCUGCUGCUUGUUGGAGUCAGUUUGGCAAACAGAUCAUGUAUGCUACAAGCACGAAGCUAACGAUUGCGUCGUCUGAUUUUGCCAAGAGUUUUGUCAUCAAUCUCCCAGUUGAAUUUCCUGGGUGCGAGGAAGGACUGGAAACUCAUGUUGAUGCUUUACGCUGGAUUUCGCCACAAAGCAUAGUAAUUAGCUACGUCCAGUCGGAGGACGAUGAAGAAAUUGCCUGUCCGCUGCUUGUGCUUUCAGCGUCCCAUGGGCAACAACUAGAUGAGGCAUGCACGGAGUGUUCUGCUUUAGCGGUUACUCGAAGAUUUCCUGCGAUUGAAUCUACUAUUAUUCCACCCAUGAACAGUCCGUAUAUGCUUGUGCAGAACCUAGAACCAUGGAAAAUCGUGUUGACAACUUGUAGAAGGUCCAUCGAUGCACAUGUUGGCCUUCUAGGCUGGCGGUCCGAAGGUGUUUGCAGUCUUGAUUUGUCAGAUGAUUUGUGGAGAGCUGACAUACCCAUGUUUGAUUCUUCGAGUGACAAUGCCUUAACUGGACUGGCGAUUGAU